AUGCUGCCAUCCUAUGUCUCGUCGGCCUACCAGGAAAAGAAGAUGAACCGGCACGGCUAUGGCGGCGCCAAUGGCUUUGCGAGAGGGCAGGGCGCCUAUCCCAUGGGCGAGGCGGGGAGGGACUUCAGUAUCCACGCGGACAAAUAUGAGAAGUAAGUGGACGUGCCCUUCAGCAGUAUCAACGAAGACGGAUGAUGUGCUGACUCGGAGACACAAGAUAUCAACCACGAUCGUCACGAAACAUGUGGCUACGACGACGAGGGAUGCUCAUGCGCUUGGGCGGUGUCAUUGCCUUCGUGAUACUAAUACUCAUGUUCUUCUUCCCGGCGCUGCGGCCUGCAGCCCUCUUCGCAGGGCCGUUCUCGAUGACCCUUUUUGGCAGCGGCGAGGAAUUCCAAUUAGAGACUGUACGGUAUUACGACCUUGCGAACGUCGCUGGCACAAGUCGCGGCUGGGAACGAGAAGAGCGCAUCCUCCUCUGCGCUCCCCUGCGAGAUGCCGCACCGCAUCUACCGAUGUUCUUCUCCCACCUGCGCAACCUGACCUACCCGCACAACUUGAUCGAUCUCGCCUUCCUGGUGGGCGAUAGCAAAGACAACACCCUCACCCUCCUAUCCGAUCUGCUCGCAGACCUACAAACGGCCGAAGAUCCGAAGAAUGCGUUUGGGGAGAUCUCGGUGAUUGAGAAGGAUUUUGGACAGACAGUGAAUCAAGAUGUGGAGAGCAGACAUGGUUUCGCAGCACAGGCGAGCCGGAGAAAGAGUAUGGCGCAAGCACGAAACUGGCUCCUAUCGGCAGCGUUGCGGCCAACACACAGCUGGGUAUACUGGAGAGACGUAGACGUUGAGACAGCACCUUUCACCAUCCUGGAAGACCUGAUGAGGCAUAACAAAGACAUUAUCGUACCGAGUGCGUAUUGAAAGAGCUGCAAGAAGACGGUGUAUUUCAGAGCUAACACAUGGACAGAUGUAUGGAGACCUCUGCCAGAUUGGCUAGGAGGAGAGCAGCCGUACGACUUGAACAGCUGGCAGGAGUCGGAAACUGCUCUGGCGCUUGCAGAUACGCUGGACGAGGAUGCGGUCAUCGUGGAAGGUUACGCAGAGUACGCAACAUGGAGACCGCACUUGGCGUAUCUUCGCGACCCGUACGGUGAUCCCGACAUGGAGAUGGAAAUCGACGGAGUCGGCGGUGUCAGUAUCCUGGCAAAGGCCAAGGUCUUCCGAAGCGGAGUCCACUUCCCAGCCUUCAGCUUCGAGAAGCACGCCGAGACUGAAGGCUUUGGAAAGGUACGAUCAGGAGCGCGAAGCUCCCAACUUCAGCCUGACUAACGAUGUCUAUAGAUGGCGAAACGAAUGGGCUUCUCUGUCGUUGGCCUUCCCCAUUACACGAUCUGGCAUUUGUACGAACCCAGCGUCGACGACAUCCGACACAUGGAAGAAAUGGAGCAAGAGCGCAAGCAGCGCGAGCAAGAGGAGAAGGAGAAGGCGGACAGAAUGAAGAAGAUAGAAUCUCAAUUCGAAGAAGGGUCUUCGCAGUGGGAGAAGGACAAGGAGGCGAUCCGCGACACGUCGAAGAAGGAGUUUGUGGAGAAGCAGCAAGCGGGAAAAGCCAAGGAAGGCGAAAAGGCGCCGUCUGAAGUGUAAGUGCAAGAAGCAACGAGAAGCUGGAGACGCACGAGAGCUGUCGUCGAGAGCGGAGACUGUUUGCCUGUCAUGUUGUGGAGCGAUGAGUUGACGAAGAUGUGUGUGAAGGGGAAAGAAGUUCGCUGACUCGUUCUCGCUCGAACAACAGCAGCAAAGAUGAGAACGCAGGGUCAGAUCCGAGAGGGGGACGACAAGCAUCGCAGCAGCAGCAGCAGCAGCAGCAGCAAGGAGGGAAGAUGCAUAUCGUCGACCCGCUGGGCGAGAUUCCGGAAGUAGGUGGCAAUGGCCAACAAGCGGGCAGUAACGCCGCUCCGCCCGUGAACCCUCCUCCUUCGAAAGAGCAAAAGCAGAAUGUCGAACCCGCCCAGAAGGCCGAAGCAGCUCAGCAAGCGAGAGCCAAGGUUGAACGUUGA